AUGAAUAACAGCAAUCUGAUUACCCAAACAUCCGGAGAGAGCAAUGAUAAAUUUAAUAUCAAUUUUUCAAUUCUAAGCAUGAAGCCAACCUGGCAAGAAAUAGACUUGUCCAGUGAUGGUCAAUACGACUUAAGAGAUUUUGUGUUGGAAGAAAACAUCUCCUCUCGUGCAAAAUCAAUGGAUGUAGACAUUGAUUUUGACCAAGAUAUGCCUACAGGUAUCGAGUCUCCACCUGCUGCCAUCAAUGCACUCAUGUCACACUACAAGAUGAACACUCUUCUUAAGAUGGAGUAUACUAUCUGUUCUGUGACAUACGACAUGUACCAGGAAGGCUGUAUCCGCUUUGACACUGUAGAAGCUGGUCAGUACGAAGAUGAUAAAGAGCAGUGCCCUCACUGUAAUAGCCAAUGGUUCCAAGAUGAGAGAGGCACUUUAAUUCUUGCACAGACCUUCCAGGUUGUGCCUCUUUCUGAACAAUUACGAUUUAAGCUUGGUAAUGCCCAGGAACAAGCCAAGAUGACAUAUGACAGAAACCGUCUUUCCGAUAGAGUUGGUUGUACAAGAUCUGAUAUCCUCAAUGAUAAUAGUGAUGUUGUUGAUCAGAAUGAUAUUUUGGUAUCGAUGUUUGUUGAUCAAUUCAAUUCUUUUGAUAAUUCAGAAAUUUCAGCAACUGUUGUGCAUGUUAUCAAUCUCAGUAUUGAUCCAAAACUAAGAUAUGAGAGAGAAAGUAUGAUUCAACUGGCAAUCAUUCUUGGGUCUAAACACCCAAAACACAUAGCAUCUUUUCUUGAAACAAUUGUAGAAGAUUUGCAUAUGUUGCAGACUUCUGGUCUGAGAAUUCAGAAGUUUUCUGGGCAAAGAUACACUGUCAAUGGUUCCAAUGUUUUUAGGGAUCUCAACAUAUUGAUAAGUCCUGCUUUCUUUGGGCUUGAUGAGAUGCAUCUCAUUGGCUAUGGGAUUGGUUAUCAGCUAUACAAUGCAUUGAAUAGCAAAUUUAAUAUGAGUAACGAGGCUGAGGACAAUGCAGUCCAACAGGCAGUUCUUGAUCAGCAGCAACAACAACAGCUUCAGAAUGAACAGAAUAACAUAGAUACGUUUGCUCUACAUAUUGGACUUGAUCAGAUUAACAGCUGUAUUGGCAAGUCCAGACCAGACAUCCCAGCAAACUUCACUGGCAGCUGA